AAAAACCAAUUUAGUCACUUGGCAGUUGUCGAGACUGAAAGACGUGCGCUCUUUCCUGUUUGUUUUUCGUUACAUAACCCCCCCUUCACCUUUUUUUUACCCAAGUUCCCCGCUCUCUGUCCCGACGUGAAAGUCGGUCAGAAUAUUCAUCUGUCUAAUCGACAUUUUUAACUUAAUCCAAUCUGUAACAAUGGCUUCUAUGAGCUCGGCUUGGCGAUUUGGUGACAAAGUGAUCGGCCAGAAAUUAGCGACGAAAACGCGUUUGCCCGUCUAUCGAAAUGUCAGGACUCAGUUGGGUGGGCGGAUGCCUGGCGUGUUGAGUGGCGUCUACCGGCCAUCGGCGUCGGGACGCUACAAUUUGAGAGAGCCGACCGUUGGCCGCAUUGGAGCUACGAGGAAUCUCUCGACGAUGAGCAACUUUGAACGAUUUCCAUUCAAAAAAAAGUCGUUUAGUGAGAGACCCAUUCACGUAUCGUUGGAACGGUCGUUGAAAUCUCCGUUCGCAUUGCGCAGUCAAUUGAGAAACGCCAAACGAGUUGUCAUCAAGUUGGGGUCGGCUGUCAUCACGCGGGAGGACGAAUGCGGUCUGGCACUGGGCCGAUUGGCGUCCAUCGUCGAACAGGUGGCCGAGCUGCAGAACGAAGGCCGUGAAUGUCUGAUGGUGACGUCUGGCGCUGUCGCCUUUGGCAAACAGAAAUUGGCUCACGAGCAGACGCUUUCCAUGUCGAUGAGAGAAACUCUCCACCAGCGUGACCGGCAACAAAGUAGCGCCAAAACGUCGUUUGUCAUCGAGCCCAGGGCUGCGGCCGCUGUGGGCCAGUCUGGAUUGAUGAGCCUCUACGACGCCAUGUUUUCCCAGUACGGCGUGAAGAUCGCCCAGGUGCUGGUGACGAAACCGGAUUUCUACAACGAGGAGACUCGACGCCACUUGGCCAGCACCGUCUCGGAGCUCAUCAGCCUCAACAUUGUGCCCAUCAUCAACACAAACGACGCGGUUUCCCCUCCGCCACUGGCAGACGAAGACUUGGCUGGGGUACAAGUGAUUAGCAUCAAGGAUAAUGACAGUUUGGCCGCCCGGCUGGCGGCCGAAGUGCAAGCGGAUCUGUUGAUUCUCAUGUCGGAUGUGGAUGGCAUUUACACCUGUCCGCCGUCGGAGGAAGGUGCUAGACUCAUCAACACUUACAGCCCCCAACACGCCGUCAGCAUCCAGUACGGCAAGAAAUCUCGGGUCGGAUUAGGCGGAAUGGAUUCCAAAGUGCGAUCGGCUUGCUGGGCGCUGGAAAAGGGCAUUUCGGUCGUCAUUUGCAACGGAAUGGCCGAGAACGCUGUGCGCAAUAUCAUCGCCGGCCGUAAACUGGGCACGUUCUUCACCGACUAUAAGAACGGCGGAGUCAGCAUCGAAAGUGCCGCCGAACACGCUCGCGAUGGUGGCCGCCAGCUGCAGAGCCUGACGGGCCAUCAGCGCUCUGACAUCAUUCAAAAUUUGGCUGAGAUGCUGCUGGAGCGGCAGCCGCAGAUUUUGAAGGCCAACGCGGAAGAUUUGAAGAUUUUGAACGAGACGAGCACGACGAAGCACGGCGGCGUUGGUCCCUUGCGCGGCCGCCUCACUCUGACGCCGGCCAAAUUGAAGAGUUUGAGCGACGGGCUGAAGCAGAUCGCCGACAGCAGCCACGACAUUGUCGGCCGCAUCAUGCGGCGCACUCUGCUGGCCACCGGACUCGAAUUGACUCAGGUGACGGUUCCCAUCGGCGUCCUGCUCGUCAUCUUCGAGUCGCGACCAGACGUCCUACCUCAGGUGGCGGCGCUGGCGAUUGCGUCGGCUAAUGGAUUACUGCUGAAAGGCGGCAAGGAGGCGACCCAUUCCAAUCAAAUCCUGAUGGAUGUCGUCCGUCAAGCUCUGGAAACGGCCGGUGUUCCGCAGGCCGUGUCCCUGGUGUCGACUAGAGAAGAAAUCAGCGACUUGUUGACGAUGGACCAGUACAUUGACUUGGUAAUUCCUCGAGGAUCGGGCGAGCUGGUGCGCUCUAUCCAGCAGCAGAGCCGCAACAUUCCGGUGCUGGGUCACGCCGAAGGCGUUUGCCACGUUUACGUCGACAGCGAAGCCGAUCCAAUUAGAGCCCUGAAAAUAGUGAGGGACGCCAAAUGCGACUACCCGUCGGCUUGCAAUGCCAUGGAAACUUUGCUGAUUCACGAGGACCUGCUGGGCAACACGGGAGGCAAUGGCACGUCGAGUUCCGGCACGUUCUUCUCGGAAGUCUGCACCAUGCUCAAGAAUGAAGGGGUGAAGAUUUUCGCCGGUCCGUCGCUGAGCAAACACCUGACGUUCGGUCCGCCACCGGCCAAAUCGCUGCGCACGGAAUACGGAAGCCUCGAGUGCACCAUUGAAGUGGUCAAGGGACUGGACGAAGCCGUAGAGCACAUCCAUCGCUACGGAAGUUCUCACACUGAGACAAUCGUCACGGAAAACCGAGAGAAAGCGGAACGAUUCCUUCACGCGGUGGAUAGUGCCUGCGUCUUCCACAAUGCCAGCACGCGAUUCGCCGAUGGCUACCGCUUUGGAUUGGGAGCCGAAGUGGGGAUCAGCACGGGGCGGAUUCACGCCCGCGGACCCGUGGGCGUCGAAGGUUUGCUCACGUCCAAGUGGAUCCUACGCGGGUCGGGCGAUGCGGCCUCCGAUUUCGCUCCCAAUUGCGGCAAAAGUUUCCUCCAUCAAUCGCUGCCACUCGAUGCCUCCUCGGUGCCUGAACGUCGCCCCUACGCCGUCACGACAGACUCAGAUCCCCGGGCCAAUUGACGUCAUCUCACCUCCAACAAUUUUGUGCUUAACCGAAACUUUUCUUCAUUUUUCCUUUCUUCCUUCUUCCGCGCCGGAAGAAGGACAAAGUUUUUGAGUUAUUUUCUUCAUCAUCUUUUUUUGGCUGCAAUUGUAUACACCUGAAUGGGCCGUUAUCUCGGCGGACAACACACAAAUUAAAAAGCACUAUACGAAUAAACAUUUACAAACGAAAAAA